AUGUAUACUUUGUACGAGCACAUCCCUUCCUUGAUCGUAACGUAUGUUGUGACUCAGAAGCACACGAGACAUGUUGUCUAUCGUGCCGCCAAGAGAUUUCAAAAGCCUUCGAGCGCAAUCCUAUUUAUUCACAUCCUGAUACCAAACCUCGAGAUUCUGCGGUAUUGGGCGCACUAUUUGCAAUAUGGAUAUCAUGUUUCCCCAACUUACCUUGACUUUGCUGUCAUGGUUUUCCAUUCAUGGACGAGCCACUACUUGGUCACAGAAGGCCAUUAUGCGGGUCACAAGCAUAUUGUACAACCAGUAUUUCACGCACAGACGCUACUACGUCUAGCUAUUUCUUUCUGCUCGGUGUUCCUUGGCUUCCCCUCCUGGCACUCCGCAACCAUCAAAAUCAACGCUGCGACCUCUUACCCGCGGAUCUUGGUCUGGGCCGCAAAAAAACUCAACGUGCUUCCAACGUACAAAGACGUAUAUACAGCUGUCAUGUUCAUCGGUAGCCUGUUAACCGUGCACGACUCAGGCGUAUGGUAUGCUCCACACAUCUUUAUAGGCUGCUGGGCGGGGCUGUGUCUUCUAGAAAGAUGGGUGGCGCAAGAGAUGUUUGUCAAAAACAGAGGACAAUGUUUCUCCGAACCAUCUAGCUGGUAUGGUGGUCUGAAAGAUGGCGUAGUGAACGUCUUGAACGCAACUGGUUUUGUGAAUCGGUGCGAGUUGAGAAUGUUACAAAAGCGAUUUGAGGAGGAAGAACUGUCAUCUGAUGGAGAUGUGCACAACCGUUCUGUUGGAGCGAAAACAAAAUAA